GAUAUCAUACUUGCUGGAUUGAGUUUAGUGUUUCAUCAUCCAUCGGCUAGAAGUUCCAAUUGGAGAAAUGGUUGCUGGCUGUGAUAUUGUCAAGUGGAAACCUUUGAUGGUGAUUUUGAUGAAAUGGGGACUGAAAAUUGCGAUGUGGGCAGUUUUCGUUUCUUGGAUUGCUGUGUAUUUCCUCUACCCAACUGAAUCCUUGGAAGGAUUUUUCUUUAAAGUUCUUAUAGCUACUGGGAAGACAUUUUUCGGACCAAUAGGAGGCGUGCUUCUGAUUUUCAGUGGCCAGAUUCUCAUUAUUGCAAUUCUAGCAGCCAUAUAUGUAGCUGCCUUUCCUAGAGAAAAUCCCAAGGCAAAGAAACCGAAAUUUUGGAGACUCCGACUUCGGACGUUCCCAGCCCUAGUCGAUGGACCCUUUGGCAUUGUCUCCGCUGCAGAAUUGAUAGGGAUAAUCGUGUUUGGCACAUACAUUAUAUGGGCAUUGUGUGUUUAUACAGUACAAAACCAUCGUUCCAUAUCUCGAUUGCCAUUGCCUUCAAAAGAAAAGAGUUAUGAAAUGCUGACACAAGUAGGGCUGCGGAUAGGUUCGGUAGGAUUGUUUUGUAUGGGAUUUCUAUUUCUGCCAGUAGCAAGGGGAUCCGUACUCCUGCGACUCAUAGAUGUCCCUGUGGAGCACGCUAUCAGAUACCACGUUUGGGCGGGCCAUGCCAUGAUGUGGAUCUUUACGUUGCAUGCCCUUUGUUUUGUGUUCCUAUGGUCACUCCAAGGACGUCUCUUACAUGAGAUAUCACGGUGGCAAUGUAACAAUAUCGCUCAUCUUCCAGGAGCACUGGCCUUCGUAACGGGUCUGUUGAUGUGGAUCACAUCAUUGCAUCGAGUGAGGAAACAGCGUUUCGAGCUCUUCUAUUACACCCACCAGCUAUAUGCAGUAUUCAUCGUCUUCUUCGUUCUGCACGUUGGUGAUUCUGUCUUCAGUUGUGCUUGUGGAGGGAUACUAAUCUUCCUUAUCGACCGAUUCUUAAGGUUUUGCCAGUCGAGAAGAACCGUCCAAGUAGUUUCUGCAACAUCCCUUCCAUGUGGGACAAUGGAAUUGGUUCUUCCCAAACCAUCAAAUUUGCAGUACAAUGCUCUCAGUUUUAUCUUCCUUCAAGUGCGGGAAUUGUCUCAGUUGCAAUGGCAUCCCUACAGCGUUUCAUCGAGUCCCUUGGAUGGGAAACAUCACCUUUCGAUUCUUAUAAAGGUUCUCGGAGAUUGGACAAGAAGGCUGAAAGAUAAUAUCGAAAAUUCAGAGCGGCCUAAGAUAACGGCUUCUGUUGAAGGGCCAUAUGGGCAUGAAUCGAUGCAUCAUUUAAGGUAUGAAAACCUUGUUUUGAUAGCUGGUGGUAUUGGGAUUUCACCUUUCUUGGCUAUCUUGAGAGACAUCAUGCACCGGAUUAGAAAGAACGAAUGUUGUCCGCCGAAAAAUGUAUUGGUUGUUUGGGCUGUGAAGAGAUCUGAGGAGAUUUCUCUCCUGUCCAUGGUUGAUGCAGAAUCUCUCUGUCCAUCUUUCUCUGAUAAAUUGCAGUUAGAUAUUCAAAUUUAUAUCACCCAAGAAUCAGAACCUGGAUUGGAAGAUGGCAAGCUUUGCAAGAGUUUGGGCUGUUCUGCAUUGCCUAUUACCGACAGAAGUAGUAGUAUGUCGGGUUUGGUUGGUACAGGCAGUAACAUAUGGUCUGGAAUUUAUGUCGUAUCAUCGAUAAUUGGCUUCUUAAUCUUGUUGGGCUUGAUGGAAGCUUUCUAUAUAACACCUUCCAAUCCAAAAUGCUGGUGGUUCAAAGGCCUUCUCUUCCUAGCAUGCAUGAUUGCAGGCAUUGUCCUGUUUGGAGGUCCAGUGAUCUUCUUAUGGAAUCGGUGGGAAACAAGAUUUUCGAGCUGCAGGGAAAGCAUGAACAGCAAUGACAAGAAUGACCCAACACAGUAUUGCGAGCGGAGAAUGCAAACGGAUACAUUUCAAUCAGAUCUUGCUAGCACAACCAAUCUGCACUAUGGAUGCAGGCCAAACUUUCAAGUGAUUUUCAGCUCCAUUGCUGAGCAUUGGGGAAAAGUCGAUGUGGGUGUCGUCGCUUGCGGCCCGCCAAGCCUUCAAUCAAGUGUUGCAGCAGAGUGCAGAUCACGAACCAUAUGGGCCACAUCUAAUGGACCAAUCUUCCACUUCAACAACCACAACUUUGAGUUAUAGAAACCUUCCAUUAAUAUAUUAAAGAUGAGAAACAGUAACACAUCAAACGUCGGGAACGAAACAUUGUGAGCACAUCUAAGGUCUUGUGGCAAUCAUUUGAAGCUUCAAAUUCGAACUUGCAGUAGGCUGAUGCGGUUUGGCCUGCUUCGUUAUUGCAAUAUCCAAAUGCGAUAGAAUUGGCUAUAUUUGGGUAGUUGUUGUUAGUUGAUUGUCAGCAGCAAUUAGAUCA